UAUACCGAAGCAAUCUUGACCAUGAAGUUCACUGCCGCCUGCUCUAUUGCCCUCGCUGCUUCGGCUUCGGCCUUUGCCCCGAUUCCCUCGGUUAGCCGUACCACCGAUCUUAGCAUGUCUUUGCAAAAGGAUCUCGCUAAUGUCGGCAAGGUUGCCGCUGCCGGAGCCCUUGCCUUCGGUCUCGCCACGGCCCCAGCCAAUGCGUUAACCAAGAGCCAGAUCAAUGAGCUCUCCUACUUGCAGGUCAAGGGAACCGGUUUGGCAAACCGCUGCCCGGAAGUCGUCGGAGAAGACAGCAUCACCCCCAAGGGCGGACAACGUCUCGUCGAUAUGUGCAUUGAACCCAAGGCCUGGGCUGUAGAAGAGGAAAUUGGCAAGGCUGGGCGCACCGAAAAGAAGUUUGUCAAUUCCAAGGUCAUGACUCGUCAGACGUACACUCUUGAUGGAAUUGAGGGUGCUUUGAAGUCCGAAGGAGGAAGUAUCGUCUUCCAGGAACAGGAAGGCAUUGAUUAUGCUGCCACUACCGUUCAGCUUCCAGGUGGGGAACGUGUUCCUUUCCUUUUUACCGUCAAAGACUUGGUUGCCAAGGGUAACGGUGGAUCUUUCAAGCCUGGUUUCCAAAUGGGAGGCGACUUCAAUACUCCUUCCUACCGUACUGGUCUCUUCCUUGAUCCCAAGGGACGUGGUGGAACCACCGGAUACGACAUGGCUGUUGCCCUUCCUGGUCUUCAAUCCGGAGAAGAGGGUGACGAUGACCUUUUCAAAGAGAACAACAAGACCUUCGACAUCACUACUGGCCGUAUCGAAAUGGAAGUCAACAAGGUCAAUGCGGAAGAGCAGGAAAUUGGAGGUGUCUUUGUUGCCACUCAGCUGUCCGACACCGAUAUGGGAUCAAAGGUGCCUAAGAAAGUUCUCACUAAGGGUAUCUUCUACGCCCGUGUCGAGUAAACAUGUUUCACUAUGCUAGUGCAGCUUUCGAGACGAAUUGCGAUGGUGACGGUCGACGGUUUAGCUCUAGCCUUUCGUCCCAAUAGAACCUCUUUUUCACCACAAUCUUA